UGGCCCUGUAGUACACAUGCCGCCUAAGACGCUUAUAGUCAAGGAUGACUGGGAGCGGCGCCUGCACGAAGUGCAAGUCUCGAAAGAUGACCUCAACCGGCUGAUCAUGGAUUACCUGGUUAUCGAGGGUUACAAGUCUGCGGCGGAAGAGUUCAGCGCCGAGGCUAACGUUCAAUCUCCUGUGGAUUUUGAUAGUAUCGAAAGUCGCAUGGUCAUACGAGAGGCUCUCCAACGCGGCGAUGUCGAGGAAGCCAUCACACGAGUCAAUGACUUGAAUCCAGAAAUAUUGGACACGAAUCGUGGCUUGUACUUCCAUCUUCAGCAGCAAAGGCUCAUUGAGCUGAUCCGACGUGGACGUACCCGAGAAGCGCUUCAGUUUGCGCAGGAAGAGUUGGCUCCUCGGGGGGAAGAGAGCCCCGAGUUCCUCGGGGAACUGGAGCGGACGAUGGCUCUUCUGGCGUUCGAUUGCGGUCCAGGUAGUAAUACAAAUGCUCCAAGCUCUAUAUCCGAGCUGCUUUCCCCCGCACAGCGAAUGAAGACAGCGGGAGAAGUCAAUGCGGCGAUUUUGGAAAGCUUGAGUCAAGGUAAGGAGGUGAAGCUGGUGCAACUGCUUAAGCUCUUGUCAUGGGGGGAGACUAUGCUCGGGGAGCGUGCAGACUUUCCAAGGAUUAAUUUUGAGGAAAUUUUGGAUGGUCCAAAGGAGAAGGCAUUGGAGUAAUGGGGAUACAUACACACGAUGACGGAUUGAACAGUAGGCAAUGUAGUAAUGUAUGUUGUAAUACUCGCGGAGCUGAGUGUAGGAUGAAAUUGAACUUGAUAUUCGG